AUGUACGUCGUGGGGCUGGAGAGUGAGACAGAUUUUUCGAUUGUGCACGCUCCGGACUUUUCUGGAGAUGGGACUCUGCUAAAGACAGAGGAUGGACAUCACUCGGCCAUCAUGCGCCCUCCUUGUUCUUUUAGUACUAUUUAUUAUACAAUUCGCAACAUGUAUGAACGCGAAAAUAAACUUCAGAGAGAAAGAGAAACAGAUCCUGGACCAGAUCCUCGGUCCAGGUCGAUACGACGCUCGAAUCCGACCAUCUGGCAUCAAUGGCACUGGCAAUACGAGGGUAUGCCGCCAUCAGGCGAUGCGCCCACGUUAGUUCGCGUCAACCUGUAUCUACGAUCCAUCAGCAAAAUAGAUGAUUACAAAAUGGAAUACUCUGUACAAUUGACGUUCAGGGAACAAUGGUUAGAUGAGAGGCUCAAGUUUAACAACUUAGGUGGACGUCUCAAGUACCUAACCCUGACUGAAGCAAACAGGGUAUGGAUGCCGGAUCUCUUCUUCUCAAACGAGAAGGAAGGCCACUUCCACAAUAUCAUCAUGCCGAAUGUAUACAUUCGGAUCUUUCCUAACGGCAACGUACUGUACAGCAUCCGAAUCUCUUUAACUCUAUCCUGCCCCAUGAACCUGAAGCUAUACCCAUUGGACAAACAGACCUGCUCAUUAAGGAUGGCCAGUUAUGGUUGGACGACUGAUGAUCUAGUUUUUCUGUGGAAAGAAGGCGACCCUGUCCAGGUUGUGAAAAACCUACACCUGCCUCGCUUCACUCUAGAGAAGUUCCUCACUGAUUAUUGUAACAGCAAAACUAAUACUGGCGAAUACAGUUGUCUAAAAGUAGACCUGCUGUUCAAGAGAGAGUUCAGUUACUACCUCAUCCAGAUCUACAUCCCGUGCUGCAUGUUGGUCAUUGUCUCAUGGGUCUCCUUCUGGCUGGACCAGGGCGCUGUGCCCGCGAGGGUCUCGCUUGGAGUAACAACGCUCUUGACCAUGGCGACUCAAUCAUCAGGCAUCAACGCCUCCCUACCCCCCGUCUCAUACACAAAAGCCAUCGAUGUAUGGACCGGGGUGUGCUUAACAUUCGUGUUCGGGGCGUUACUGGAGUUCGCGCUAGUGAACUAUGCCUCUCGCUCUGACAUGCACCGAGAGAAUAUGAAGAAAACGAGACGGGAGAUGGAAGCGGCAGCGAGUAUGGACGCAGCAUCCGAUCUGUUGGAUACAGAUAGCAACACAACAUUCGCUAUGAAACCUCUGAUGCGCGGCGGCGUGACGGACAAGAUGCGGCAGUGCGAGAUACACAUGAACCCACCACGCAAGAACUGCUGCCGUCUCUGGAUGUCCAAGUUCCCGACACGCUCCAAGCGGAUAGAUGUCAUCUCCAGGAUCACCUUCCCGCUGGUCUUCGCGCUAUUCAACUUGGCUUACUGGUCGACAUACUUAUUCCGCGAUGAGGAUGAGGAGAAG